UUCCUUUCUACACUACUCUUUCUACCUCAAGAGUAGCAAGCAGCCUUUAGCAAUGGCAAUAAGAAAUGACAUUAACAGGACCAUUAGAAGGAUAGCUCAGUUUUUUUAUUGGUUCCCUAAGGCUUUGGGUAACCCACGAAGAAGGAAAAUCAAACUUCUCUGCAAAUCUUCUGAUUGCAAAUACACAUGCCAUUCUUACUGUCAAGACAUGGUGCAUCUAGACUGUCAACAGAAUGGAAAACCGAUGGAUUACAGCUCUAGAUAUGACGGUUCAGCUGACUCUGAUGUUGGGACUGUAGAUGUUCAGAAAGAGAGAGAAUCCCACAAUUACCUCACUAAAGAAGCAAUCAAGGAAAAAGUCCAAAUGUAUAAUUCAGAUGUUGUGGACAAGCUAAAGAUGACAUUGAACUCCAGUGGGACAUACACUGGCUUCAUCAAAGUUCAGAUGGAACUUGGCAGACCUGGCACAAUAAAGGACACAAAUUCAGGGAAGCAUCGAAACAGCAACAAUGAAAUUGCUUUUCAUUUUCCUAAUGGCAACAUGAAUACCCUUCAUAUCAGCAGCACUAACACUGUUCGUGAAGUCAUUGAGGCCUUGCUCAAAAAGUUUCUAGUGGUCGACAACCCUGCCAAAUUUGCUCUUUAUAAACGAUGUCACAAGGAAGACCAAGUUUAUAUGUGCAAACUCUCAGAAACGGAGCAUCCUCUCUACUUGCGUUUGAUGGCAGGUCCAAGAACAGAUAUGCUGAGUUUUGUUCUGCGUGAGCAUGAAACUGGAGAGGUUUUGUGGGAAGCCUUUAGCCUUCCUGAGCUACAGAAUUUCUUACGGAUACUGGACAAGGAAGAAGAUGAGCAGUUGCAAAACUUAAGGCGACGCUAUGCAGCAUAUAGAAACAAACUUGAAGACGCCCUUGGAGUUUGGAAACCAGGUUAAAAUGCAGCCAAAGAACACUCAGGAAAAAAAGUGCAUUACCAAAUAUCAAGUAGCAUGCCAAACCCAGUGCCCAAAGCAAGAAUGACUGUUCCUUGAAAACAGAUGACAGUAUGUUGGCUUGGUAAAUUGACAUUCUUUAUAUGUUAUGUGUGCUUCAUUCCAGCUGGUUGUGUGAAAACACCUUUCACAGACAUUAGGAAAUGGAGACGUUCUUUGCUUUAAAGCUGAUUGUUAACUUCUUAAAACAAAAGAUGUGCAAAUGUCAGUUUAUUAUAAAUCCAAGUGCAGUUUAAAUUAGAAAUAGCGUACUAUUUAAUAUCCAAGUUGAUUUGCACUAUCUUUCUUCAACUAUUUCUCUGUGCUUUUGCUAAACAAAUUAUUUUUGUAUGAAGAAUGUGUUUCAGAUGCUUUGUAGAUGAUGUUUAAACUAGAGAGGGUAGAAAGCAAGUUGGAAAGAAGGUAAGAGAUGGAGAAGAGAAGGAUGUUGAUACGGAAAAGAGAUCUCGAAUGUUGAUUAGUAAUAUUGAAAAGACGGUUUAGCGUUUAUAUUUUGGGAUUACUGAAAUUAAUAUAUUCAGUGCUGUUACUGAGAUAGGUUUUAAUAUAAAGGAAACGGAGCUGCAUAAAGGCUACAUGUGGGUCAUAAUCUUGAAUGUGCUUUUUAAUAAUGUUGAUAGAGUAAGUCGAGGCUUGUAUGUGUAAAAACUUGAGCAUUAUAGAAUGAACCCAGAAAUCUUUUUAAUUCACCAGUUCUUUAAAGUUGCAGUUGAACUGGUUUUGGAUCGAUCCUUCACUACUAAAAAAGGAAAGUAGCGAUGUUCUCUUAAGUUUAUAAUACUUUACAGUGCUUCCCCUUUACUAUGAAACAAGAUAUUUAUGGUUUUAAUUCGUUCAAAAGUUUCAGAAGGUGACUUGGAUUUUUUUUACACUGGUUUACUAAUUGCAAGGUAAAUAAUGGAAGGAGGAAGAUGUUGUAUUUGACUGACUGUUUUUUUUCCUAGUACUAUUUUAUCAGAUGUCUAUAUGGUAAAUGAAACCAAAGAAAUGAGUGUGCAAUACAAAUGUUUAUGUCAAUGUAUAAACAAGACUUGCUUUUAGUUUUAUGUUCACAGCCAUCCAGGGGAAAUAACUGACUUUGGAUAACUGUAAUUGAUAUACUGUACUUUCAACAAUCAUAUCUAGCACCCACCACCACCCCUGAAUUAUUUGGGCAUUAAUUUAGACAUUUCUAAGAAAUACAAGAGGUGUUCACUAAAGAUUUCCCCUGAUCCACUUCCUGUGGACUGAGAGCAAUGAAACUUGGUACAGCUAUUAGUCCUUCUCUACAUAGGUGCCACCUAGAGCCACACACUUCUCCCAUCUAUUUAAGCAACUGUAAACACUUCGUUUGUAGAAGUCGACAGGUUGCUCCAAAAGUCAUGUUGUGACUUCAGAAAUCAGAGUCUCAUCAUCUGAAAAAUGCUUGCCCUUCAAAAAAUAACUACAUUGAUGGAAAGAGGUGGAAGUCCAAUGGUGUGAGGUCAGGUAAAUAAGGGGGGAGCAGUAGAAUUUCAAAGCCACAGGAGCAUGCUUCCAUUUGGGUAACAUGUGAGUUGUGAACGGGUGCAUUGUCUUGUGGAAGGCAGCCACCUUUGGUGAGCAUGCCACGUCUCUUGGCUUUGAUGGCCUGCCACAGUGUCCGCAGCAGUGAAGCAUAGUAUGCUCCAGUGAUCAUGGUACCCUUUGCUAGGAAAUCCAUCAAUACUACUUUGUGCUGGUCCUAAAAUACUGUUGACUAUGACCUUUCCUGCUGAGAGUUGGCCAUGUGCCUUCUUUGGAGGCAGUGAGUCAUGAUGCUUCCAUUGCAUCGACUGGGCCUUAGUCUCAGGAUCAUAGUGAUGGACCCAGCUUUCAUCCUGUGUGAUCAGUCUGUUGAAAAAGUCCUCCUGGUUUCCAUGGCACAUCGUCAACAGUGCCUGAGAGCAUUCGACUUGUUCCUGCUUCUAGAAAGAUGUGAGCAGUCAGAGGACCCAGUGAGUGGAUACCUUAUGCGUGUGAAGAUGGUCUUGGAUGUUUUUUUUCCACGGACCCCACACUAAUCUUGACAUUUUGGGCUAGGUGGCGGAUGGUUAUGCAGCGACUUUCCAAAAUGGCGACCUCCACUUGCUGAAUGGUGUGUUCAUCAAUAGCAGAGUUGGGUCGCCCUGGAAUUGGAGCUGUUUUCACCGAGGUCCAACCACAUUUGAAUUGAUGAUGCCAAUUCUUGACUACAUCAUAUGGGGAAUAAUCACUAUAAACCUUUUUCAUCUCAUCAAACGUCUCCUUUGGUGUGCAGCCUUGCAAGUAAAGGAACUUGACUGCCCUGUAUUCCACUGGAUCCAUGAUCAAACCUCACACCACUUCAGUAGCUGUAAAAUCAAGACCGUUAUCAGUUCCGAGUUGUAAAUUGUCAUGUAACCUAUAGAGACUUACAUCAUUACACAUGUGCAGUUUCAGCAUCCUAUGAUAAACAGAAGUGGCUCAGGGGAAAUCUUUAGUGUAUGCCCCUCGUAUCUGCCAAUGUGGUGACACCUGGUGGGUAUUAGAUGCAUUGUUCUCUUGAAAAAGAGUGCCUUCAUUUUAAGUAUUUGGCUGCUUUACCUCCCUCAAAACAUUGAACUUUGAGGAAGAUUCUUGUUUUCAGAUUUGCCAAGACAAUCUUCUUUUAUUUUAAAAGAGUUAACAGUAAAUUAGAAGUAGAACUAGUUACCAAAUAAUCACUGGCAUAUCUUGUUUGGUUUUUUAUUACACAUAAUAUUGUAGUGCUUUGUGUGUCUUAUUUUUAUUGGAGACAUAAUCAAAGUCAGUGGUGUGCAGGGUGUGCAUGACGUUAGUUUUUAAAAUUCCAUAGAAACUAUGUUACAUCACUAGAUCAGUUCAAAUAUUAAUGUUCCUAUGUGGUAGCCAUGUCCGGGGUCUGCAUCCUCUGGCACGAAGAGCAUGAUUUUCAUUCAAUUUACCAGUUCCACUGAAAGAUACAUUUUAUUAUGAAGGAAGGAACUUGUUCUGAGUCAGUUUAAAAAGUCUGCAAGACUGCAUUCAUCCCCUAUUUCCCUCUUUAAGUGGUUUCUGUGAUGCAUUCAUUUAGGUUUCCACAGCCAGCUGUUGCAUUCUUGCUACUUUUUCCCUUCCUUUCUCUAAAGGAAGUGCUACUUCCGUACUAUGUUCUCAUUCUUAUGGGAUACAUACUGAAGCCACAUCAUAGUGAAAGUAGAAGUAGAAACCACUGCUGCUUGUUAGAGGUGGUGCUAAGCAAGGAGAGACUGUCAGCCAUGCUGUUUGUUGUUUUGUCUGUUUUGUAUACACACAAUCUUUGUCCAAGUUGGCAUCCUCAACCUGUAAAAGACAUGCGUGUUUCACAUUGGGUUUUUAUCUCCUAGGACUACACAUGGGAACAGUUCAAACUCUAAACUGGUCCUUAAGAUCUGUUAUAACAAAAAAUUGGAACUUCGUGUUUCUGCUGUUUAGAUUUAAAUACUGUAUCUGAAUCGAGUAAUGGCAAUUGCCAUGUAUGUGAAUUUUACAUUUUUACUUGAACUUUGUGUUUCUUUAUUCCCAAAUCUUACUUUGGGCUCUUUAUGUGCUAGAAGUCUUUGUAGGAAAAUACAAUUUGUGUGAGUCCAAACAUUCUUUAACUUCACACACUGGUUAACACACCUGUUUUGUAAAGCUACAAUAUGAAAUAAUAGGCCAUUGGUGACCCAAUGUUUUAUGGUUGCUUUUUUGAAAUGUAACAUUUAAUUUUAGAUUUGUUUUGAGGUCAGAUCCUUAAUCUGUCAAAGAUCUUUUGAAAUUGAUCUUUUAUUUGUUAGCAUCCCAAUUAAAUAAGAGGAAGGCAAUGUGGGGAAUAUUGAAGCUAUGUUUGUUGUUCUUUUUGAGAAAGUGUACUAUUUAUUAUUAUUUUGGAACUCUUUGGAUGGGAAACUUUCAUUCCCUAAAAAAGUUCUUAUUACCAUCAUUAAAGCUGAAGUUAACACUGA